AUGGUCGCGUCAACAAGUCAAGUAGCACCAUCAACAGGAACCGUUGCUAAAUGGAACUCUCGGUUAGCUGGUCAUGUACCACAUGACGCAUCAUAUUAUUCAAAAUGCCUUCUCGGUGGUAUUCUUGCUUGCGGUCUCACACACACAGCAAUAUGUCCUCUUGAUGUUACAAAAUGUAAUAUGCAAGUUAAUCCUGAUAAAUACAAAGGUUUAGUCAAAGGUAUUCGUUUAAUUGUUGCAGAAGAAGGAAGCCGAGCUAUUUGGAAAGGCUGGUUACCAACAUUCUUCGGUUACUCAGCACAAGGUGCAUUCAAAUACGGACUUUAUGAAAUCUUCAAAGAUGAAUACGCCAACAGGUUGGGCAAAGAAAAUUUCGAAAAAUAUAAAGGUCUCGUUUGGUGUGCAGCAUCAGCAUCCGCUGAAUUUUUUGCCGAUAUUGCUCUAUGUCCACUUGAGAUGGUUAAAGUUAAAGUUCAAACAUCACCACAUGGAACGUUUCCGAUAGCAUUUGGUCAAGCUUGGUCACAAAUGAAUGCUAACAAAGUAGAAACUGGAUUUCCAUAUCGAUCACUCAUACCAUUAUGGUCACGUCAAGUGCCAUAUACCGUAGCUAAAUUUUUCUUCUUCGAAAAGGUCGUGCAAUUAUUUUAUACUCAUGUGUUCACAAAACCAAAAGACACAUAUUCAAAAGGCACUCAACUCGGAGUUACAUUCGCUUCAGGUUAUACUGCCGGAGUUAUUUGCGCUAUUGUUUCACAUCCUGCUGAUUCAGUUGUUUCGCUACUUGGUAAACCAGCUAAUAAAAGUAAAACCUUAGGACAAAUUAUCAAGGAAACUGGAUUCGUUAAACUUGCCACAAAGGGUCUUGGUACUCGUAUUAUUAUGAUUGGUACCUUGACUGGUCUUCAAUGGUGGAUAUAUGAUACAUUUAAAACAGCUUUGGGCAUGGGUACAACUGGUGGCAAAUAA